AUGCUAAUUGCUCAACUUCCAAAAAGUAAUCUUAAUGCAUAUGAGUAUCUUCAUAUAGAAGAUGAAAUGCCAGAAGGAGGACUUACUGAUCGUGAAAUAAUUAAUACUAUAUUAAAUGCAGAUAAUGAAGAAGAGCUUUUAAUUGAUGAAGAUGAAUCUUUACCUGUAUUGGAAAAAGUUAGUUUAGCAGAAGCAGAUGAUGCUGCAAAUAAAAUAAUGAGAUUUUUAUAUGAACAAGGACCAGAAUUUGGUGAAGUAAACAACGAAUUAAAAGUUUUAAGAGGGCUGCAUAAGCGAAUUAAAUUGCUAAUUGUGGAAAAUUUAAAACAAGCUGAUAUUCAUAAUUACUUUCACAAUAAUACUGAACAAUAA